CAAAUGUUAUUCAAUACACAAAACCGUGUACCACAUUCUGCUUGGCAUGUUCUACCUUACACGCACUCCACUCUCUCUUCUUCUACCCCUUCCUCACGCCUCCUCUUUAUUCUCCUUCUCAAACUCUCCGAUCCAAAUCUAACGUUCUCAGAUUGUUCUGAAUUACGAAAUCAAUGGGGGUUGAUUACUACAACGUACUGAACGUGCCCCCAAGCGCGAGCGAAGAUGAUCUGAAGAAAUCCUACAGAAGACUAGCGAUGAAAUGGCAUCCCGACAAGAACCCUUCGAGCAAGAAAGAAGCUGAAGCUAAAUUCAAACAGAUCUCCGAAGCUUACGAUGUCCUGAGCGAUCCUCAAAGGCGUCAGAUCUACGAUCAAUACGGCGAGGACGGGCUCAAGUCUUCCGACUUACCAACGCCGGCUACGCAGCCGAGCCACUCCUCCAGCAACAACAACAACGAGUUUCGGUAUUAUCCGCGAGACGCUGAAGAUAUUUUCAACGAGUUUUUCGGCGCGUCGGGGGAUGCAUUCGGCGGAGGAGGGAGGUGGGAGAGUGGCAACGGAGGAAGAAGCAGGUUCAGAAGCGCGGAGGCGGGAAGUCAGACGAGUAGGAAGGCGACGGCGAAUAGGAAAGCUCCGGCGAUCGAGAGCAAGUUGGCUUGUACUCUCGAGGAGUUGUAUAAAGGUGGGAGGAGGAAGAUGCGAAUCUCACGCGUUGUCCCUGAUGGUCUCGGGAAGCCAAAGACAGUGGAAGAGAUUUUGAAGAUAGACAUUACACCAGGAUGGAAGAAAGGAACAAAAAUCACAUUCCCAGAGAAAGGAAACCAUGAACCAGGAGUCACUCCCGCUGAUCUCAUCUUCGUCAUCGAUGAGAAACCGCACUCGGUCUACAAAAGAGAUGGAAACGAUCUGAUUGUAGACAAGAAAGUCUCGCUUUUGGAAGCUCUAACAGGUAUCACUAUCAGCCUGACAACGCUAGACGGGAGGAAUCUGACUAUACCGGUUUUGGAUAUCGUUAAACCGGGUCAGGAGAUUGUGAUCCCUAACGAAGGAAUGCCUAUCUCUAAAGAAGUUUCCAAGAGGGGAGAUCUUAGGAUAAACUUCGAUAUCUGUUUCCCUUCGAGGCUAACAUUGGAACAGAAGACAGAUCUUAAGAGAGUUCUUGGUGGAGCUGGAGUUGACAACUAGUUAAUGUUCUUGAAUGUUGAGAGACUGUACAUACACAAUGUGUUUUCAAAAUCCUCAGAAUAAAGAGUUUAAGGUGAAACA